AUGAAGAGAUUAAUCAUAGUAAUAUUAAUACUAGUAUUUAAUAUUUACUACGUAAACUCAUAUUUAAAUGAAUAUGUUCAAGGAAAAGUUAGUGACCUAUUCUAUGACUGUUCAUCAGGUGAGUCGUGUAGAUGUCAAGCUACGUUCUUUAUGACAUUGAAUAGUACAUCUUUAUUGGUUCAACCAGUCUCUACAGGUUCAACAGACUAUGACUAUAUCAAUCAAGAGUAUAAAUCUAUCGUUUCUCAAGGUACACUCACAACAAUCUAUGUAGAGAUGUGGAAUAGACCUGGAUACAACACCUAUCCAAUAUUAUCAGUUUCCAACAUGGAAUCGGAUGCCAUCGAUGUUACUGUACCGUGGAUUUGUCAAGAGCAACACUUUCAAUUCAAGUUGACCCCUAUUCAACGCUUAGGAUUCCUUUAUGUUGUGGGUGUGUCUACUAUCAACUCGACGAUGGACAUCUCACCAGCAUAUGGGAGUUCUCCUGGAUUUGCCCUUGUUGCUUACAUUGCCCGUACAUAUUUAAAUGAAGUUAACCUAUGUGUCCUCCCAUUAAAAAAUCAAACAUCAGUAUUAUCCUACAAUGAUCCUCUCACCUUGCCAAUAACAACACCUUUAGUUUCGACAAAUUAUACCAUCCCCAAUAUCACUCCAUUUGUCAAUUUAACAUUCAUUUCAGCAAUUCAUUAUCCUACAGUACAAGUAUAUGUAGAGUAUGGACAAAGUGGACAGAUUAAUUCAUUUAUCAAUGUUCAAGGAUACAACAAACCAGCUAUUGUUUUUAGUGAGUUUGGAUCUGUUUUCCCAAUGCUUGGUAACAGUCAAGACAUGCAAUUAGUGAGUGCAGAUAAAUUUAACUAUCAAGGGAUUACAAAUCCAAUAGUCUCUCAAACGUUUUAUAAUAUUCGUGGUCCUACCCUAACUCCCAUUCUUCCAUCUCCAAAAUCAUUUGAUUUGUAUUUUCAAGAUCCUCAAACUUUUUUUACCAAUUCUACACCAAUAGAUUUGGGACCAACACUUGGAACAUUGAAUUUAGUAAUGGGUGAUUACUUUAAUCCAGUUAAACUAUACUAUCAAUCAAAUGUUGAAUACACCAUUCCAUAUCCAUAUGGAUACAAACACAAUUACGAUGAACAACUCAACCUUAUUCGUUACAGCUUUUCAUUCUUGACAGGUGUUUUCAAUUUUAAAGCAACAAUCUUGUUUCGUCAAACUACUCAACUAUUUGAUGAGACAAUUAAUUUUUAUUUACAAGAUACUUUGGUCCCAAUAUUAGUUUCAGUUGAUUUCCAACCAUUCUCUUCUGAUAGUUUUAUCGUUACUAUGAGAAUUACCGACAACUUUAGUGGAGUGUACAAGAUUGAAUUUGGCACCAGUCCAGUCAGGAGAUUCUAUGCAUCGGAUACUCUAAUCUCUGGAAAUGAAUUGGACGGAAUCUAUGUAUUUGAAUACUCAUAUUCUUCAAUAGACACUUCACCGCAUUUAAUCAAUAUUUACGAUAACAAUCAAAAUGUUUUACAAAUUGAAAAGGAUAUUUAUGAUAUCAAUUUAACUAAAAUCCCACCAAGACCUUUUAAUCCAAUUUUACAAAUAACAUCAGAUGAUUUUACACAUUUUGAAUUUUAUCCAAAUAUUGUAAAUACUAGUUUAGGUCCAAGUAUGGUCACUAUGUUGUUUAAUUUGACCGAAAAUUUUCCAAGAGAUACUUUGGUUAAAUUCUCUUUUGGAUGGAAUUCUCAUAUGCUUUAUUACACAGAUUUGAUGAUGCCAGUCAUUGCCGAGUAUCAUCCACCCGACAAUAUGUUUAGAGCUGAUUUCUUGAUCCCUGCCAACACUGAAAACUAUACAUUGACAUUUGCUAAAACUUCUUUCUCUCCUAUUGAUGCCAUUCAAGCUUCUUUAAUUGAAAAGUUUGGUUCUCAAGCAAAAGUUGAUUUAGUUUCAAAUUAUUUAGAUAUUAAACCACCAAUGGUAACUCGUUUAGUACCAAUACCAGGCAAUAAUAUAAUGAAUAGUGGUGCAGAUUUCUUGGUGGGAUUUAAUAUAACUAUUGUAGAUCGACCAAAUGGAUUCAGAGAAGGAACUUGGAAUAUUAAAUCUAGUAUUGAUGGAAAGCUUUAUUCUUUUAAAUUGGAUAAUAGUACAAGAGUUUCUGGUGACCAAUUUGAAGGAACCUACCAAGUGAAUUGGACUAUGGACGGAUCGUACUGCCAAAACCAAACAUUUUCAACAUACAAUAUUUCGUUGGUCGAUCAAUCAGGUGCUACUUCUGAAUACCCAAGUUUAAUGAAUUUCGAACCAGCCGUCCACUUGGAUCCAUUUAUUCAAUUAAUCACUUCACCACUCAAUUUAUUUAUCAACUAUAACUGUUCGGUCCCUACAACAAGUGACUCUGUACCACCAACCAUUCUUGCAUUCAGUUUUACCCAAGACAACGAUGCAAGAGUCGUCAACUUUGACCUAACCAUUCAAGAUGCACUCGUUGGCAUAUCACUUCGUCACAACCCAGUAGUUUAUAUUUGGGACAAGAAUGGAAGAUAUGUGUCGAUUGAAUCAAACAACAGAAUCAUUCACAACGUUUCAACAGUUUCGUAUCAAUAUUCAACACAACUAACCUAUUCUGUGGCCAGUACACCUAGUCUAGUGUCUGUUUAUGGAUUGGUUGAUAAGAAUUUGAAUACCGAUGGUUAUUCAAGCGCUGAUUUGAAAUCAAAUGGGUUCCAGUACGAUAUUACAGUCCCUCAAUCACCAGAUGUACCUGUAUUGUUUGAAUCUACAUCAGUUUAUAGAAUUGGAGGUAUAUUAACGGUACGAGGUGCUAAACUAGGUGACUCUACACUGCCCAAUCUAGUCGCAUUUAUCGACUAUGGAAAUGGAGAAGAGAUGGCACCCAUCGACAUGGUAUACAAUGUUGGAUUACAUGUCAAGGUUGGAACCAUACCCUCUACAACCACAAAACUAAUUCUUCGAGUUAGAUCCAACGUACCAUCCCAACAGUACUCUAAUAAAUUGGUUAUUCAAGUCAAAGAGUACAAACCUACAAGAGUCAUUCCACCCAACCCAGAACCAAUUCCGUGCCCAGGAUCACCGUUGGUGUGUAGUGGAAGAGGACAAUGUACCAAUGAUGGAUGUGUUUGUGUAGCACCAUGGUUUGGUCCAGCUUGUACAAGUCAGGUCGUUCCUGUAAAUCCUCCUAUUCGAAAUGAAACUGAUCCAACUGUCAUUAUAGGUGGAGGUAAUGGAACAAGUGGUGGGAAUGGUACUGGAGGAAACCAACCAAUUAAAGUUAGAACAAUCAUCUCUAUAGUUGCCAUUAGAGAAUUGUCCUAUGACGGAGUAGAAGUUGCAAUGCACAAGUUUUCAAACUGGACGCUCACCGAUCAAUCCAAUUCCACCCAAGACAAUAUUCACAACAGCACUCAAUUGUACAACUAUCAAACAUUGAUGAACCAAAACUCAACCCUUGUCAAUGUUAAUAUUGAAUGGUUCAAUCAAUCCACUACCAUUCAAUUUGCACAGUCCAACAUUACAUUGCCACCCUUUUCAACCAAGAUUUCAAUGUCAUUGUCUAGAUAUGAUUUUGCAAGUAUUUUAAAUACCCUCCAAGUUAUAUUUAAAGUAACCUUUCAAGAUGAUGAAGGAAUAGAUAGAUGUGUUGAAAAGGGGUAUGGAUUGGGUAACGAUGACAACCAAGAUGAUGUGCAAUGGCUAAAGAUCCAAAUAGAGGAUCAAAUGUUGUAUGGUCAAUUUAUUAGAAGAGCAUUGGUUGAUGGUCGUCCAAAUAAUGUCCGUAAUGUCGUAUUGGAUGGUUUGUUUGGUGACACUCUAUCUACCGACUCUUUUAUUGGUAUCAACAUACCUCACUACUCUUUCAGUGCAACUAUUGAUCCCAACUUUUCAAAUCUAAUCAAUUUCGAUGGUGAAACACCUAGUUGUGGUGACACCAACAAACUAUCAAAUGGUGCUAUUGCCGGUAUUGUAGUAGGUUGUGUCAUUGCACUAGCCAUUGUAAUUGGUACUAUCAUCCUCAUUAAAAAGAAACAUACUCAAAAAGGUUACGAAAUACAAAUGAAAAAGAAAUUAGAUUCUUUUAAUAAAAGUCAAUAA